CGAGCUUUGCGCAGUCCUCAGAAAUUAUUUCUGCAGGAGCUUACAUCGCAUUUCUCGCGGUCUGUAGGGUUUUCAGUUGUGUCCGCAACGUAAAGUGACAAUGUAAUGGUGGAGAUGACGCUUUAUGACGGGUUGCAUAGGACGGACCUCGUUAUGUGCUAGGAACAUAUAACAGUGCACGAAGGGAGAUUUAUGAAACGUAUAUUAUUUAACGACGCUGUGUGAGAGCUGGGCUGGACGACCACAGAAAAUGGCGGAGCAUAACAACCAAUCAGAUUACUGGUUACAUUUCCCACACAGAUGAGAGCUGUAAUCUGAUUGGUAUGGGCGGCUAUUCCAGGUUUCACUGCUCCUCCACGGGCAGCCUUUAUACUGUCUCUACAGCUGUUUGCUAUUGAGGAGUCAAUGUAAAGAGAUAUAAGUGGGGCCCACAUCAUAUGGAUAUCUAUACAGCACCAUGUGUACAGGAUUAGGACACGCAAGACUUGAGAUCUACAGAACCUGGAUAUUCUACAGCACUGGACCGAGAACGUUUCUACAGAUUCCUGGCCCAAUUGGACCUUCCCAUGAGUGGAGAAACUGUAUCUAUAUCUGAUGACCAACACCUCUGGUAUCCGGAUCUGGGAUUCAAUAUCAAGUCGCUGAUCGUGAACCGGAUCUGGGAUUCACCGUGAAUCGCUGAAUACUACAUAUCUAUAACCAGCUUUGUCAUCUGUGGUGGCUUUGGGAGCAAAUAUAAUCUGCAACAGGAUUCCAGGGUUGGCGCCUCGGCAAAGAGCCAUCUGCGAGAGCCGCCCGGAUGCCAUUAUAGUUAUUGGAGAAGGGGCACAGAUGGGGAUCAAUGAAUGUCAGUAUCAGUUCCGCUACUCCAGAUGGAAUUGCUCAGCACUUGGAGAGAGGACGGUCUUCGGACAAGAGCUACGAGUAGGUAGCAGGGAAGCUGCUUUUACCUAUGCCAUCACUGCCGCUGGGGUAGCACAUUCUGUGACCUCUGCCUGCAGCCAAGGAAAUUUCAGUAACUGCGGCUGUGACCGAGAGAAGCAGGGCUACUACAAUCAGGAGGAGGGCUGGAAGUGGGGAGGAUGUUCUGCUGACAUCAAAUACGGCAUUGAAUUCUCUAGGAAGUUUGUGGAUGCCAGAGAAAUAAGAAAAAAUGCCCGGCGGCUCAUGAACCUUCACAAUAAUGAGGCUGGAAGAAAGGUAUUAGAAGAACAGAUGAGGCUGGAAUGUAAAUGUCAUGGAGUCUCGGGAUCCUGCACCACCAAAACCUGUUGGAACACUUUGCCAAAAUUUCGGGAUAUUGGAUUUAUUUUAAAAGAGAAGUACAAUGAUGCCGUACAUGUGGAAGUGGUAAGGGCUCACCGGCUACGCCAUCCCACUUUCCUAACCGUCAAAAAAGUCAAAAAUUACCAGAAGCCCAUGGAGACAGAUCUGGUGUACAUUGAACGUUCUCCAAACUACUGCGAGGAAGACAGUACCACAGGGAGUGUGGGGACUCAAGGCCGACUCUGUAACCGCACCUCUCCACAUGUAGACGGUUGUGACCUUAUGUGUUGCGGUCGAGGAUACAACACCCACCAGUACACCAAAGUAUGGCAGUGCAACUGUAAAUUUCACUGGUGCUGUUUUGUCAAAUGCAACACAUGCAGCGAAAGGACAGAAGUUUUUACCUGCAAAUAGAGCACGACGGUGCCCAUCAACCCACAUUACAGGACCACUAUGGCGCCAUUUUGCACACUUAAUUUUCUUUAUUAAGAAAAUUUUACCCUUUUGUUACAGACAGGGAUGGAAUGAUUCGUUCAUUGCUGAUAUCCUAGUCUACCGUGAGCAUUGCACCUUUUCACGCUGGAGGGGGUUAUUGUAGAUAUUUUUUUAAAUUAUACAUGUUACAAAAAGUCUAAAGGAAACAAGUGAGAGAGAGGUCACAGCGUUAUAAUAUGGGACUGUAAGACUGCUGAGAACGGACCAAACAGAAUAAACUAUAAUACAAAUCUCAACUAUUAGCUAAACAAGUUCAAUGUGUAUCACUUGCCAGUCACACUGGAAUUAUUCUAAUGAACAUAAAAUUUUAUAAUUAUUAAUUUAUGUUUUUAAUAGUAUGAACAAAUUCUGAGCACUAACGGGUAGCGUGUGUCCUAAUUCCCUACUAAAUGUUAAACGUAUAGUUGUCUGACUUACAGUGAAUCUUGUAUAUGUUAUAUUUUCUACUUUGUGCUACUGAGGGGUCCUCAAUUUAUUUUAAUUUUCAACAUUUUUAUUUUGAUUUUUUCCCUCCCAUUAACCGUUUUGCAGAGCAUAAUAGAGUACUAAGUGGUAGCAGACCUGCUGGAUGACUGCAGAUAGCACAAGUGUCGAUCAAUACACAGGAACUUAGUCACAGCAAAUUUAUAGAUUAAUGUUAUUAAUUAGGUAUGACAACAUCCUUCUCCCUGGCCAUUACUCAUUCGUCUGUCCAAAUGAGACCUCAGCUGUUGCAGAACUUUAAGCACACCAUGAAUGGUAUAUUAAACCAACUACCUACGUACUGUAUAAUGUUCGGUAUUUGUUCAAUAAAUGUUUAUUUUCUAGAUAUUUGGAUUCUAAGGCUGAAUCUUGCCAUUUUUUUUACUUUUGUUUCAAAAUGUUUAAUUCAAUGAAACAUGAACAGAAUUUAUCACAAGGGGUAGAUAUUUGUGAAAAAAUAU